UUCUCUCACACACACACACACACACACACGCGCGCGCGCAGCUCUAUAGGGGUGCACGAGGCUGUAAGGCGCUGUAAUGUCCCGGCGGAUGGGGGGUGGGGGGGUGAUGACGCAGCGCGGGGAGCGCGAGGCCCGGACACACAGCUGAACACUGCGGCGGAACAACAACACACACACACACACACACACAGACCGGCACCAGGAGCAGGGGAUUCGAGCUGACAGCAGUGUGUGAUGACCACUGCUGGAGAGGGGAAACGGAUCACAUCCUGUCCAUCAGCAUCAAUGUUCUCUUUCUGUCAAGAUGACCUCUACAGCUUCUUCUAUCACACUCCUCACUCCCAACGACCCCGAGUCGGGAUUGGACGUGUAAAUUAAACUCCUUUAACUUCUUAAAGUCUCGGCAUCCGUAUCCCCUCAACCCACUUUCUGAAGAUGAUGGACAGUCCUCCGAAGCUGGCUGGGGAGACACUGAUUGUUCAUCACAUACCUCUUGUGCACUGCCAGGUUUCCGGGUCGCACCAGCGCUGUGGGAGCCCACUGAGGAAAAGCAACAACCCAUUCAGCUGCCCAGAAAACCUUGGCCUGAUCCGCACCACCUCGCUCCCAGAGAGAGACGUCCUCCAGCGUGAGGCGCUAGUGUACAGCAGUCUUAUUCAGACCUCUAGUUCCAGUGAUGCUUUCGAAGAUGAAGUAAUGGGAGGAGGAGACAAAAAAGGAGUGAGAGGCGGAAGCAUGGCGAGUGACACCUCGUCUUUUACGUCUAGUAAUUCUGAAGAUGCACUUCCUAAAAUUUUGUCCAAGGAGGUGCACAACAGGCCAAGCUCGCUCAGACACAAUCCCUUCCUACUGAAUGCAGGGGAGGACGAUUAUGAAGAUGAUGAAGAUGACGAUGAUGAAAACAACCUGAAUGGAUACUUGGAGGAUUCUUCUUUUCACUUGCAUGGGAACUCUAAUUCAGUCAUGGGUGACAGAGUGAAUUUGGCACCAUUCCACUUACAUGAACUCGGCUACUCUGGACCAUUCCACCUGCAUGAAUCUUUAGAGAAGCCCUGGAGUUCUGACCACAAGGUGGCCUCUGGAAGACAUUUUUCUGCUCGUCUCGAGAGUCUUGAUCUUCUGGGGCUGGACCUUCAGCAUCGUCAUGGCAGCAGUGGGUCCACCCUGUCGAUGGACUGUGGAGAGCAAGAGUGGGAUGACGACGAUGAUGACCAGUCGAUGCAAGGUGGGCGGGGUAGUUCGGGAUGUUGUGGCUGUUCCAGGACAUGUCCUGAAUCGUUUCCAGACUUUGCACAUGGUUACUGCAGUGAUUCGUCCUGCAACAGCUCUGACGGCAUCCUGGUCAACUUCAGCACCAUCUACAACAAAACGAACAACAUCAUCCCUGACAAGCCGAUCAACCUCAACAACUCUGCCGACCAGUCCUGCACCUCCUCUGUAUCUGAGCCAGUCUGUAUGGGUGGGGCUGAAUAUGGAAGCGGGGGUGGAGCUUUUUACUUGGACUUGCACAGAUCCCCAACUGAAGUUCCCCAGGAAACACUUGACCUUCCGUCUUCCUCCUCCUGUCUAUGCUCUUCUCAGCCACAAGCUGGCACAGUAGAGCUUGACGCUAACUGCAAUUCCUAUCACAACCAUGAAGGUCUGUUACCUUCCGAGACCUCAGCCAAUGACCUCACUUCCUGUACGCAGAGUCAGGCACGUCUCGUUGUCGCAACCCAGAACUACUACAAACUGGUAACCUGUGAUGUUUCAUCACAUUCCUCCCCGAGUCCAGUAGGAUCUUCUGUCACAAGCUGCUCUGAUGAACACAGCAAAGGAAGUCCCACCCAGCCUACAGAGUACUUCCUCUUUAGACACACUAAGGAGCAAGAAGAGGAAGAAGAACAGGAAGAAAAUGCACCUAUCGACACAGAAGAGAGGGCAGAGACACCCGUGGGUAACAAUGACUCCACGCAUUCAAAUGUGAUUGAGGGACAAGUGUAUGUUAACAUCUCUCCACCUGUGUGCGGAGCUUCCGUCGGGGCCCGCCUUCGUUCCCGUAGCUAUGACCGAAACCUUGACAAGACCCCACAGCCUCGUCUGGGCUCUCUGGAGCGCAUGCUGAGUUGUCCUGUGCGCCUUAGCGAGAGUUCGUCCCCUGGCCCACCUGCUCCACCACGUGUCACUUCGUUCGCUGAAAUCGCAAGGAAUAAAAGGAAGAACGGUGGUUCACCUUCUCAGAAGAGUAGUGCUGAGGCUUCUUCUGUUCACUCACACUCUUCUGGAGAGUUCUCCCCAAUUCUCGAAGAUCUGUCCACGCUGAUGAGCUCAGCCCACUGGAGUACACCACUUCGAACCUCACCAGGGGGAGCAGGGAGAGAGAUACGGACCAAAGCAGAAGGUGGCCUGUCCAGCUCUGCGGACUCGUCCCCGGCGGUAGUGCGCUACAGUAAAGACCAGCGUCCCACCACUCUCCCCAUCCAGCCCUUCACCCUGCAGCAGCAGUUUGGGAAACCGCAGCCCAAGCCCGUCCUCCCCCUGCUGGACGAGUACAUCAAUCACAUGCAGGCUCGUGUUGGCUCCGCCCCGUCCGACCGGGACGAGGAGGACUCGGACGACGAUGGUCAGCGUCCCCGGCCGUCACCUCUGGGCAGUUAUUCGCCCCCUCGAUCCCUCUCCUGCCCCGCCCCAGUGUCUCGCACCCCACCAGGGAUCGCCCCGGCCGCCAAGAUGGCCCCGCUCCCGCAGACUCCUCCUCCUGCCACAAGGGGGCACUGUUUCCACCGAGCCAACCGGAGUACGCUACCCACGCUGCCCAGCUCCGGCCUCAGUCCUGUGACACAGCUGGAAGCGGGACGACAGGAAAAUGAAAUGAAAGUACUUCCUGUGUGUAUGACUCAGAGACCCCACAAUGCGCACCACCUCUCCCCUCAGACUCUAAAAUGGAGGGAAUACAGGCGUAAGAACCCUCUUGGAGUGGAGAAGAAGCUAGACGCCUGUUCUUCCUCUCCCUCCUCCUCCUCCUCUUCCUCCUGUCUGUCUGUCUCUGCCGCUCUGAACGCCAGGAGACGCACCGUGCGGCGCAACGUCUUCGAUUUUCCUCCGUCCAAUCAGGCGCUGAACUUCAGCAGACUUAACGGUCAGUCCCUGAGGUGUCACAGUGAAAUGCUGUCAGAUUACUUCUCUCAGACGGAGCGCCCCCCAGAGGAGUUCUGCCUUUCACCUGACGCCACUACGGAAGAAUCCAUCUCUAUUGACCUGCAUCAGAAGAGAGGUCUGGUGAAGGCCAUAAACACGGCGGUGGAUCUGAUCGUGGCUCAUUUCGGCACCAGUCGGGAUGCAGGCGUGAAGGCAAAGCUAGGCAACAGCUCAGUGAGUCCCAACGUGGCUCACCUGAUCCUGAAGUACCUGUGUCCCGCCGUGUCUAAUGUCCUGCACGACGGCCUGCGAGCGUACACACUCGACAUCAUCAUCGGCCAGCGGCGCAAUCAGCCCUGGAGCGUAGUGGAGGCGUCGACUCAGCUGGGUCCCUCUACACGUGUAUUACACAACCUCUUCCUGAAAGUCAGUCAGUACUCAGAGCUGACCAAUCACAGCAUGAGACUCAACGCCUUCGUCUUAGGUCUCUUAAACUUGCAAUCCCUGGAAUUCUGGUUUAAUCACAUAUACACACAUGAAGACAUCAUAGCGGCCCACUACCACCCGUGGGGUUUCCUUCCGCUUUCUCAAGGGGCGUGUCAGCCCAUGUUUGAGGAGUUGCUGCUGCUGCUCCAGCCUCUGUCGCUCCUGCCCUUUGACCUCGACCUUCUGUUCGAACCUCGUCAGCUGCAGAAAGGUCAAGAGCACCUGAGGCGCAAAGAGCAGCUCUGCUCCACCCGCCAUGGCCUCGACCAAUCGGCUCGCUCCACCUUCCAGCUCAUGAGGGGCUCCGCGGAGACUAUAGGGCUGAAACAGGAGGCGGAGUCUAACCAAAUCGGGGUGGAGCUUCAUAGGGGGAGGUUUGCCUUAAGGCGCGAGGGAACCUGGCCUCGGAUGGAUGGGGCGGAGUCUAAAAAACAAGUGCGGAGGGAGCGGAGGAGUGACAGGGCAGGCAGCGAAUCGGAGAGCGAAGGGAUGGUCUUGUACACGAGCAGGAUGAAUGGAGUGGGGGGCGAGGAUGAAGAGAGGGAGAGGAGGAGGGAGAGGGAAAGAGAGAAAGACGGAGAGAGAGACAGGUUACGGAACAAGCAGGCGGGCUGGUGGUUCCAGCUCAUGCAGAGCUCUCAGGUCUACAUCGAGAACUCUGCCGAAGGUUCCAAGUUCGUCAAGUGUGAGAAGCGCAAGAAAGGAUGUGGGGCUGAGGGGCGGAGACAAAACAACCCACCCCCGAGAGUGGGCGUGGUCGAAGGUGCAGAGGCUCAUCAGGUGAUCGAUGAAAAGCGUGAAGCCGCGGUGUCCAAUGACACGCGUCGUAACGGCAGCGUGGGAACCUUUCCCCAAUCAGAGACGUCCAAAGUGGUUAAAGGGAAGCCGUCCUGGAUGGGCAGUCCACCGGAGUCGGUGCUGAGUGAGCUAAAGAGGACGAACGAGACGCAGCCGGAGGGGGCGGAGGCCGAAACUCCCACGGCUCAGAACCUGCGCUGGGGCCGACUGUUUGGGGCCGGGAACGUCAACAAAACUGAGAAAACAGAAGCCAAAUCGUCUAAGACCCCGAAAAACAGGUUGCCUUCAGGCUGGCUGAGUCUGGAUCGCUCCGUGUUGGAUUUGGUGGUGCAGUCUGUUGGGAAAAGGGCGGAGCCUCAGGCUUUAAACACACACAGUGCUGAGAUACAACACGUCCAAGCACAGCAGGACCAAACGCAGGGGCCCAACACACAGGGGCCCAACACACAGACAUCAGCAGCACGUGAGGUGAGGGCAUUGUGCCACCACAUCGCCACAGAAGAAGGUCACCUGAGCUUCCAUAAGGGUGACGUGCUGCGGGUCCUACACCGAGCGGACUCUGAUUGGCUGCAGUGCGAGCUGGGCGACGCCCGCGGGCUGGUGCCGAUCAUCUACGUUACGUUAAACGAUGAGGAGAGUGAAGAUCCUCGAGGGCUGCAGUGAACACACACACACACACACACACACAGACAGAUAGACACGCACACACACACAGAAUUUGGGAUGUAAAUCUUAGUUCAGUUUAUGAUUCUGUGCUGGAGGAGGAGCUGUGUUAAAGGGACACGUUACACAAACAUCUGAAUCUUACACACACACACACACACACACACACACACUUGGGUAUUGUAAUAUUUAUUGCCUGCUGUAAAAGAACAUUUGAUCGCAUUUGCCAUGCAAGACGAACACAAACAGAAAAAAAAGCCAAAUCAAAGGUGUGUGUCAUUAAAGCCACAGAAACAGUACACGAUCACGCUAGGCGCUAAUACUUCUCUCCAUCGUUAGCCGUGUUAGCAUUGCCAAGUUUCCCGCUGACUUGUUGCUAAAACUAUGUAGCUCUCUCCUCUCUCUCUCUCUCCCACCCCCUCCCCCCACCCCCCCUCUGAUCUCUGUUAUGGACUUUUUUUAAUGCACAUUCAAGACGUGAUUAGAGUUUAGACACUUUAGCGACUCAACGAACAAAGAGACACACAGCAUUGACAUGGCAGGCUAAUCUCAUGAAGAUAUUAGCAGCGUCGGUGUGGCUCUACACCUGUAGGACUGUAGGUUUUUAUAUAAACAUGUACAAAUUUAUGUAAACAUAUAGUCCGACAUUGUCUACGUGAACCGUACAGAAGCAGCGCGGCAAUCACAGUGCGGUUAUAACUAGAGUCAGAGCGAUGUGACCAUUCACACACUUACUGAUUUUAAUAUCAGCCGAUUCUAAAGUUUUUACGGGGUAUUAAUGAUAAACUUCUUUUUAAACCUAGACAAUAAGGAUUGGCGUCACCAGGGGCCGCCCCAUACGAUGUUAUUACAACACGUGGGUGUCGAAACAUUUUGUAUUGUGAUUCUGUCUGUAUCACGGUUUUAUAAAAAUCCAGAUUCGAUAUAAAAAAUUGUUACAAAUUUUAAUCAAAUUUAGCAAAAAAUAUAAAUAAAUAAAUCAUUUCUUUCACACAGGAUGAAUGGAGCACCACCUGUAGGAUUAUAGAGGAAUUGCAAUCGACUUUCCCUUAACGAAGCCAUGUCAAUUUUAAAAUCUACCAAAGUGUAUAAAAAGUGCUCUAAAAAUGAGCUCUGUAACUGGUCCAUAGUCUGCUUAGAUACCUCCAGCUUAAUAACGUGAUUGGACAGAAUCCUCUAGAAGCUAGCGGGAGCUAUGGACAUUAGUUGAUCAGCUAUGUGUAAGUCCUCAGUUUAGCCUGCUGGAACCCCCCGGUCCAGUAAUUAACGAGCCCUGUUACAGAACAGUUUGACAGACCCGGCUUUAUUCCUGCAUCCCUUAACAUCGAGAUAUUGCUCUGGCGCUAGUUAUAACAAAUGUAAAUAUAAAGACUAGCACGCGGUCGUGUGCGCUGUUAGACGCGUGAUGACGAGAGGAUGGUGGCCCUGGGUGUCGUGUCAUGACAUCAUCCUUAAAAGACGAGUGUUGUUUUGAAUUAUCAGGAUCCUGGAGGUGACGUUCAGCUCCGGCGGUGAUGUCUCUGGGCGUUGCGGCAGCUUCUUGACUACGUUAUUUAAUUUAAUGCUUCACUUUUUACAGCGCUAGCAGCUAACUACCAAACUACUCAGUUAUUUCUGUUUACUUCAGCGACGGCCUCUCAUAGGAACGCUAGCUUUAGCUGAAAAGCUUCACACAUUUAUUCGUUUAUUUCUUAACACUGCUAACCUGUUUUAGUUUAACACGGUGUAGCUAAACAUACGUGAGGUUUUUCGCCAGUGAGACAUCAGGGCAGAUUAUUAUUAUUAUUAUUAUUAUUAUAACAUUUCAAGUUAGCAGCUUCACCGCCUGCAUCACUGAAUGCACAUGAAGAGGAACACACAGACAAGUCACAUCACAUCAACGUCCUGCUGCUCUGACCAAUCAGGAGGCUUCACAGGAGGACUGUGGGUGGAGCCAGGGAUUUGCUUGCAUGUCAGACUAUUGAUUGGAGUUUAAACCCGGACUGGAACACGUCUUCAUUCGCCAAACCCCACGUCCUCCUGCUGGAGGAGGGCAAGGACGACCCUGGCACUAGCUUUAGCCUUGUUGUUAACAUUAGCUGCUUAACCAGAACUAUGGGAUUGUUGAGUUCGAGUGCUUAUUUAUAAGGUAUUUUAGCUAGGCAUGUGCCGAUAUAUCGAGAGAUUUAUUCCGUCCAGAUUUCAGUUUUGAAGACAAUCCUGUAAUUUUACAGAUUAUACCAGAGUGAAUUUGUAACUACGAUUGUUUAUGAACGUGAUCCUUAAACACUUUAUAGGAAGUGAAAUAUCGGCACAUGUCUAACCUUCCCCAGGGAUCUCCAGCAUCCUGGGUCUCGUUGGAGGAACGGCUCACAUGUCUUACUGAGUUUAUCGUGCUGAAGGCAUCAUGGGAACGUAUUUAUUAUCAACAUGUUGUACUCAUUGUUCUGUUGAAAUGUCGUCUAUGACUGAUAAGAUGGGAAUCUCUGUAUGAACUGACACGUUAAACACGUCUCAGUCACAGCAUACAGGGAGCGUUUAUAAAUCAGAAAGAGUUUGGGUGAAAGGCUCAUGGUGUGGGGCGUGUGCCAGUAAUCUGACCUACAGCUGGGCGAUGUGAUGCACAACAUCAAUCAGGAUAAAACUAACAGUGUUUUUAAACUGUCAAGAUUCAGCGAAAAAACUAAUCAUCAUCAUCAUCAUCAUCGUCAUCAUUUGGCCCAGUCCUGAUUUCAGGUGAACAAAAUGUGAAUAUCUGCACAUGCCUCGUGCUUAUAAACCCCCAGGUCUUAUAGCCUUGUAGCCUCUUCUUUUUUCUUUUUGUUCAAAUGAUUGUUUUUGUUUUUUUCAAAAGGGAUUUCUUGCUGUGGCUUUGGGAAACGUGUCCUUUCUCUCCAAGCCUGUCUUUUAGUUUGGCGUUCAAUUGCACAGUAAUUUAUUCACGUGGUCACUUGGCUGGAAGUGAACCUGUCUCAAUAAGACAAUAACGCUAUUCCUGAAAAUGAUAUUGAUUUGUUUUUUACAGAUUACGACAUCACCUUUGGUUGACCAUGUCACAUUAUAUUGUACAUUCUUUAUUUUUGUCUUUCAUUUUAUCACGUUAUAUUAUUUUCUAAUACAGAAAAUGCAUUUUAUUCAUGAAUUUAUUCAGUCACGCUUGUAAAUAUGUGACGUUCUCGAAAGACUAUGCUAAUGUUAUUGGAAAUGGUUAUACACAGACGUUACUUGAUGUAAUUAACACGUAAUAACACGUCUAUUCCGAUAGGCUGCACAGGACAGCACUGUUAUACAGGACGUUAUUAGAGGAACGAUGUUCUAGAGUUUAGUUUUGGCUCCGCGUUCUGUUUGUCACUCUUUUCUCUGUCACCUUAACACACUCACAUAGAAAGAGAGAGAAAGAGAGAGAGAGAGA